AUCACUUACAGUUCACAAAUCCUCUAUUCAUUCAUUCAGAGGCGUCUGGAGCCAUGCCACUGAGAAAGAGUAAAGAUAAAGAGGUUCAGCCAGCCCAGGCUGACCAUGCAGACGACAGUCCACUCCACUCUAAGGGCGAAAAUGAUCCCAUCACUUUUCUCCCAGUGUCACCUCUAGCAGAACGGUCCUAUGGGAAUCCAGUGUUUAAGGAGAAAGAAGCAGACCAUGGAGGUGACUUUGCUAAGUCAAGUAAUAUGUUUAGAGGUAUGAUGGAUCGUCUGGAUAUAGUAUUCAAAGAAAAGAACCAGACUAUGCAGAGACUUGUUGAGAGUCAAGCAAAGUCUGCCAAACGUCAGGAAAAGAUAAUUAGACAAUGUAUAGAAGAAAUGAGACGGGUCUUUGAAAAAGGCACUAGGGUGAUGCGAGAAACUGGGGAAGAAAGUCGCAGACCACUACAGGCUGUUUCAAAACAAGUGGUUGAGCCAGUGCGACAGCCCAGACCUGAGAUCCCUCCUCCAGUCGUUGAGAUGCCCAGACAGAUUCAGGAAGCCCCAAUCCCAACACUCGGGGGGCAAGGGAAUCAGCCUCAUCCCAAUAAUCAACAGCAGCAUUUUGUCAUUGGUGAAGGGCAAAGACAACACCAAUUGAUGGAGGCUGCUACUCCUGUUGCAUACCAUGGUCAUCAACCUCAGCAUAAGUAUAUUCUGCCAGCUAGGAAGGGAAAUGUGGGUCCUUGUCAUCAACCUUGUCCAAGGGACUUUUUCCAGCCACAAGUUCCUCCAGCCCAGCUAGUACAGCGUGGUCUGCAGAAUCAACCAGUUCAAUUCUUCAAUAGAGACCAUGGGCCAACCUUGAGGCCAUUUGAAAAGAUUAAUAAGGGUUUCUUGAAAUUUCCAGACAAAGCGAAGGAAACCAUGGGAGUGGAUGCAGAUCCUUUUCCAGCUGUGUCUGUGGGCGUGAAUGUUGCAGACCUCAAGAGUGUUGCCAGAAAUCGCAGUCUGCCUUAUGCUCAAACGAACCUUGCUGCAGAAGACUUAAAGUGGGUUCUUGAGGCGCAGAGAUCCAGACAUAGCAGGAGCGUCAGGUCAGACCAGCAGAGGCUCGGGGUGCAAAAAAGGAUUACUGUGAUCAGGAAUUUCAGUCCAGAGGGUGCCAGACGUUAUUCAAUUGGUACUAGAUCUACAAGGAUGGUCAAACCGCCACUCAGGUCACCUUCCAGACGGUGGGAGAAAAUCAGUCAUCCCAAGUUUCCAGCCCAGAAUCCCAGAACCUUGAGGCGCAGACUGCAGCGCAAGAGGGCUGAAGAGCGAAAAAGACAACAGCAGCAGAUGGAGGUUGAGGGAAGUUCUUCUCGCAGACCACGCCAACCUACCAAAAGGAAUAUGGUCUGGGUGAGAAAAGAGAAAAAGGAGGCUGUAACUCAGACUCUACAGAAGCAGGAUGACCAAUCUCCAGCCUCUCCAAAGGUGGCGUCUGUCAUUGUGAGUCCAGACGGAGUUUUGAAAGCAACUUUUGAAGCACAAGAACAGUCUGAGAAUCGUGGAGCUGAAUCAAAAGAAGAUGGCACUAUUCAUUUUGGGGAAUUCUCAGUGAAUUUGUCAUGUCUGGUGCUGACAUUACCCUUGGUUUUCCAAGCCAAGAAAGAGGAGGAACCAAUCGUCUCAUAGAAAUUGAGGUGCUGUAUUUCUCUCUUGAUUCAAGCUUAAUUUGUUGCCGUCAAAAUACCAAUAAUCUUCCGGAACUUGUCUACAGAGUUGAAAUCUGUGAAUUUCUCAGGAAGUCCUUUCAUCUCCCCCUUGGGGUCCCCACUUGACCAUGAAGAAUAUGUUACAGAUGUGUUUAACUGGGUGAUUACAGAGGUGGAUGCAUCACGAUUACCAUACAAAUAUGAUCAUGCAUUUUGUUGUACCCAUCAUAAGAAUUAUAUUGUCCAUGGUUUUUCUUCCACUUUAAUGCCCCUAGACACAACUCGACAAUGUUUUUGUGAUCCUGGAUUUCAAGGCAAUCCUUAUCUACCUUUUGGAUGUCAAGGUAAACUUCUAUAAUGUCCACUUUUUCUCUAGUUAUAUCAAUGGCUCGUUUCUUUCAAAAACAUUAAACACAAUAAGAAAAA